AUGAUCGCCACCACAGCUAUUGAGGUCAAAGAAAUUUUGUUUAUCAUAAAUAAAUUGUUAUUAUUACUGCUGUCUAAUAAUUUGAAGGAUAUCAUCGAUACCGAUAAUAAUACCUUGUGGAAAAUAACAGAUAAAUAUUGCUAUAAUCAUAAUUGUUAUUAUCAACGAGACUCAUUAGUCAGUGGAGCUAAAAGUGGUGAUAAAAAUGCGCAACGAAAUAACAGCUGCUGUACUAUUUUUAGUACAGUUGAUCGAAAAAAACGAAAAAUUUAGUCCUGAUCAGUUGGACUGCUUUCGACGCCGGUUGAUAGAGCUGCUGACCGAGCGGUUCAAAAAUCACUGGUUCCCGGAUAAACCCUUCAAAGGACAGGGGUACAGAUGUAUACGAGUGAAUGGUAACAGUCGGAGGGAUGCGACGUUGGAGAGUGCUGCUAGUGCUGCUGGUUUCAAGUACGAAGAUUUGUCAUUACCUGUUGAACUUACUCUAUGGGUAGACCCUCACGAGGUAUGCUGCCGCUUUGGCGAGAAUAAAGGAUCAUAUUGUACUCUGGCUUCCUUUGAUAACAACAGUGCUAAUCAUCUUCACGAUAUCGACGGCUCUGAGAAGGAAAACAAAUUUUUUCAAGGAUCUAAUCAGAAAAAUAUCUCAAAUGUUGGUACGGAUCAAGUAAAACCAAAGCCACUGAGUUCAUCUAAUCAAAAUCAUCAGCAGUCAAUUAACAGUACCAAUAACAAUAAUACUAGCACUACUACUUCUUCAACGACAAGUACCAAUGCAACCAAUAAUAAUAACAACAACCACAAUAACGGACCAGGUAGGCGUCGUCAUUUGAUAAAUAGUCCACGACCACAUCUGUCACGUAACCGUUCGUGGUUCAACCAUUCAUUCAACAUGGGUUACGGUCCUCAUCCAAUGAGCCAACCCUGGUACAACGUAAUGCCACCUCACACUUUCCUGGGUGGUCCAUCUCCGCCACCAUUCGUCGGUCACAGAGGUAAUAAAUGGAUCGCGCAUCCUCCUUCUUACUCUGCUGGACCUACUCGUUUUCAUCACUGGUCUCCAAAAGCUGCUCUCAAAGUUUAA